UGUAAACAAAGUAACAUUGCUCACCUGUUUAUAAUUACCUGUGACUACAUGCCAUUACUUGCAGGUUUUCGAUUUCAUUUGGCGUAGGUGAAGUUGACCACUGUUCAGGAAGACACCACAAUAACUUAGAUAAUAAUGUCCAGUGGAAACCCUGGAACAGAGAUGGUAAAUUUGCCUCAGUCGGAUAUCCCGGGGCAGGUGGCGCAAACUGUUCCUCGGAAGGAGAUGGAGCCAGCAUUGAUAACAGUUGAGCAGAGCGCACAUAAGGAUUCUGCGCCUGAAGCGGGAUCAGACAAUAAGGCAUUUCAGGAGGAGUCAGUUUCUAGUCCGAUCGAGGAAACCAGACCAAUGCUCACAUACAUGGACUUUAUGCCAAAUUUUAUAUCUGCAGCUGCUGGCCCGGAUGAAGCACCUACAUAUGCACGGUUCAGUUUUGUUGUUGACCAGGCUAAUGAGUGGCUUCAAAUGAACCAGGAUUUUACUGUAUGGAAAUGUGAAACUGUCAGCUUCAAACUGAUUGAGGAGGAUCAAUACGACACCAAAGGAGUGUUACGUGCCGAGUCCUCCUACGGAGUUAACAGAUUUGUAAUGGGACUGAGAUUGUGGUUGGUCCCAAGAAUCGCGGAUUCCAUGCCAGUGGCCCAGAUUGGCUACACAACAGCCAUUCCAGGGGAGCCUUAUACAGACGAAGACCAGGGUACACAUGUACAAUGGGAAAAGACGCAGGCUAUCAGCUCAGGGGGAGGUAACUCAGCACAUGCCAUGCUAUCAACGGUGGUAAACACCCUGCUACCCACAGGCACCAACAGUAAAGGAGAUGAUAAAGAAGAAACUGUGGACCAGAGUAAGACUCCAGUGGUUGACAUUACAAACAAAGACCCGGCCAAGGAGGACACUCAACCAGAGCCAGAGAGGAGAGACAUCGCUGCACAUCUCUCAGAACCCACUCAUAGAGUGUCUGCGUCAUACUAUGGUACCAUGACUUCAACCAUCAAAGGACUUAACAAACAACUCACACGCAAACCUCUUCCUGGUGUGAUAUUGAAUGUUGAGAAUCUGACCUUGAGAGCCUCCUCUGAGCAGUCCAGACCACAAAUUGUGAUGGACCCCGAGUGUACAUCAUGGGCAGAGGUGGGGCGCAGGAAUACCGUCUUUGUGUUUGCUAUAAGGAUUUUCUAUCUGAAGGGAAGAGAAGAGUUCUGCACAAUUGGCUAUCAUGACGAGCUCCCCGACAUGAGGAAGUCAGGGUCUACCAUUAAGUUUGGUCCAUUCAGCAAUGUAGUAUUCAAGAUGGGAGCUUGGCUUAAACAUCAAAAGAAUAUCCGUGUGGUGAACAUGCAGAGUGUUGAUAUACAGUGUAACCUGGACCAGUCCAAUGUGUACCAAGUGAAAACUGAUGUGUCUGGCUAUAUCGAGACGGCUCACCUCAGCACAAGGUAUGCCAAGGUGCUGCGUCUGUUUUAUGUGACUACAGCGACUAAGACAGAUCUGCCUCCUUAUAACACAAUCCAACUGAAAACACGCCUGUUUGCCCCUGUGAGACGCGGCGAAAAGUCGUUUGAGACCUUCCCUAAAACCAUGGAGCGUGUCAUCAAGUGGCUGGACUAUUUGAGAAUGCCCCCAUUCUUUGUGGAAACCGUUGCCUACCAGAUCUUUACCCAGGGGAUUGGUCAGGCUGUCCUGCCUGAUAGAGUCGACAGUAGUGUAAACAGAAACUCUGGUCGUCACAUACUCUCCACCAUCAGAUUGUAUAUGCCCUCAGAAUUCAUUGAGCCACCACCAGAAAUUGCACCCGAUGUGGCCACCGUUGACCAGGGCUGGGGAUGUUCUAUUUCUUGAUCAGUUAAAAUAGGCCACUUAGAUCUAUGAUCCCAGACCAUUGUACUACACUUCCCAAGAUCGUAACAGUCUCAUAUCAUAUAAAACCUUUAUGGGAAUGAAAUUGCUCAAGAUUGAUGGUAGCUCUGAACGUCAAUCAUUUUUUGUUAACU